UGCGCGCCGCCCAGGGAUGCUGCCGGCCAGCCGCGCCGGCGGGGCUGGGAUGCUGCCGCCGCCACCUCGCCCGCUUCCCCGCGCCCUGUUCUCCCCGCUUUUUGGCUAAGCCGGAGCUGGGAGAGCAGCCUCCCGCCCCGAACCCCCGGCGGGGUUGGGGUGGGGUGUGGGGAGUGCUCUGGAGAACCACUUUGCGGAGCCGAGGAGCAUCGCUGGCUCUGCCUCGCGUCCGGCCGGUGGGGACAUCGCCUGCAGCUCCGCGGGGAAGUUUCGAUCUUGCGACAGAAUCGGCAUUUUGGGGAGCUUCUGGGUGUUUUUUUUUUUUUUGUCUUCGUUUUCCUUUUACCUCUAUUAUUUAAACGAAAGAGCAACAGCCAGCAAACAGCCCAACUCCAAGCCCAUUUUGCUCUCCCCAGCCCAUUUUUAUGGCUGCCCUCCCUUUCCUGCCAGAGACACUUACAUUUCCUCCUUGGGUUAUAAACUUUUGAUGCCAGAUCUCCGCAGCGCGUGCCCAACUGAAUCUUAAAGUAGCGUCUCGAGCAGACACACAUCUGUGACCUUCAUCUCUUGCUCUGCACCUUCUCUCCUCCUCUUCCUCCUCCCCCCCGGCCCUCCCGUCCUCCUCCCUCACCCAAGGAUACUGGGGACUCCCUCCGGAUGCCGCUCGGCAGGCUCAGUGCUCGCAGGCUGCCUUGCCGGGGGCUCUCCUGAUCUCCGUGGAGCUCCGCAUCGCUCGCCCCGGAGUGCCCGUGCGCAGCGGAGAUGCCACCUUCCCCAAAGCUAUGGACAACGUGACUGUGCGGCAAGGGGAGAGCGCCACGCUCAGGUGUACCGUGGAUGACAGGGUCACGCGGGUAGCGUGGUUGAACCGCAGCACCAUCCUGUACGCCGGCAAUGACAAGUGGUCUAUAGACAACCGCGUGGUCAUCCUCUCCAACACCAAGACCCAGUACAGCAUCAAGAUACAAAACGUGGAUGUCUACGAUGAGGGCCCCUACACCUGCUCCGUGCAGACAGACAAUCACCCCAAGACUUCGCGUGUCCAUCUCAUCGUCCAAGUUCCCCCCCAGAUCGUCAACAUCUCGUCGGACAUCACCGUGAACGAGGGCAGCAGCGUGACUCUCAUGUGCCUGGCCUUCGGGAGACCGGAGCCCACCGUCACGUGGCGACACCUCUCCGGGAAAGGGCAGGGCUUUGUGAGCGAGGACGAGUACCUGGAGAUCACGGGCAUCACGCGGGAGCAGUCCGGGGAGUACGAGUGCAGCGCCGUCAACGACGUGGCCGUCCCGGACGUGCGGAAAGUCAAAGUCACCGUCAACUACCCGCCGUACAUCUCGAACGCCAAGAACACGGGCGCCUCGGUGGGCCAGAAGGGCAUCCUGCAGUGCGAGGCUUCGGCCGUGCCCGUGGCAGAGUUCCAGUGGUUCAAGGAGGACACCAGGUUAGCGAAUGGGCUGGAGGGCGUGCGGAUCGAGAGCAAGGGCCGCCUGUCGACGCUGACCUUCUUCAACGUCUCGGAGAAGGACUACGGCAACUACACGUGUGUGGCCACAAACAAGCUGGGCAACACCAACGCCAGCAUCAUCCUGUACGGGCCCGGAGCGGUGCAUGACGGUGGCAACGCGGCGUCCCGGCUGGCCGCCAGCCUCUGCCUCUGGGCCGCCCUCCUCGUUCGCCUCCUCCUCGACUUUUGAUAAGGGAGCGGAGGGUCCCGGGAGGCCCCCGCCGCGCCUCUCCCCCGCCGCGGGCUCAGCCUGCCACGCCGCCCGGGGACUCCUCGCCGUCGGCCGGGCGAUGCGCUGGAGGACGGGCGGCGGCGCCGAGCGUCCGAGGAUGGCCGCAUCUCCCGCGUGCCGGGAUCGUUCUCGCCGCUGGUUACGCUGUACAGAUCCCACCACGUGCCACCAGACUGUCACCCGCCACCAUCACCCCGGGGACGCGGUCCGGCACGGACGGGGCUCCCCGCAGCCACCUCGUCCCCGACGCAGGGGGGUGUGGAGCCACCGGGGUGGGCGCCACCCAGAGCUGUCACCGGGGAUGUCCGUCUCGUCAUCUUGCUAAGCCACCUAUGCCCAAAAAGACCCCACUGUUGAAGCCCCCCGGCUCUGCCUUCAGCCCUCUCGGUCCUGAAUGUCAGCUGUUGCCACCAAAGCCCUGAUGGCGCUGGCCCCCACCGCCUGGCCUCGCCUCUGCUCCUGGGCCCUGCCCACUCCCUGAAGCCUUUUCCAAGGGGGUCACCCGAUGCAACCAGUUAUCCUUCAAGGGUCAAA